AGGCAAGGGCUUAUUGGAGUAGAGAUUUGCAAGGUUUGAGGUAUUUCCAGACAUGGUGGUUGCUGAUUCUUAGAGUUUAUCAUCAUUUGGAGAUUAUCAAGGUGGUGAGAACACGUGCUACCGAAUCGGACAGACAUCCACCAAUACCACUGGCUAGGGCCACGAGAGGUCGGGCCGUGGUAGGGGCUUAGAUGCAACUCAUGCAGUAGCUAGAGUAGCACCAACAGAUCCUCCAGUUGCUCCAGCUUAGGAGCAGGUUCCAGAUAUGGUCGAGCCAGUGGGGCCAAACUAGGCACCAGCUAUGCCCAUUGUGAUUCCAGGCCUUCAGGAGGCUUUGGCUCAGAUAUUGGCUAUGUGCACUAGACUUGCUUAGGCAGUUUCUAUUCAAACUGUGCCAGCCACUUCUCUGGCCGGGGGAGGUACUUAGACUCAUACCACCCGCACUCCAGAGCAAGUGAUGGAGGGACUUCAGACACCAUGGGUAUUACCAGCCUAACCGGUUGUAGUUGCUCAAGCCCAGGUGGGUCCUAUUAUGAAUGAUGAAAAGUAGAAGGGGAUAAAGAUAUUUGGGAGGCUUAGGCCUCUAUCAUUUAGUGGGGCAAAGUCAGAGGAUUGCCAGGACUUCUUGGAUAGGUGCCAGCAGAUUCUUCAUUCGACGGGUAUUCUGGAGACUAGUGGAGUCUCCUUUACUACAUAACAACUAUUAGGGGCUGCCUUCAGAUGGUGGGAGGCCUAUAAGAGGCGCAUGCCAGUCAGUGUAGCACCACUUUCAUGACAUGAGUUCUCCGUUCUCUUCUUGGAGAAGUUUGUGCCAUAGACUCGCAGAGAGGAGCUGCGCAGACAGUUCGAGCAGGUAGACAGGAGGGCAUGUCUGUCACCCAGUAUGAGAUGCAAUUUUAAGAGUUAGCUCAUCACACAGUUUGGUUGGUUCCCAUUGAGAGGGAGAGGAUAUGGGAUUCAUUGAUGUCCCCCACUAUCAGUUAUGUUUUGUUAUGACUCGGGAGAGUGUAUCAGGUGCUACGUUCGAUGAGGUGGUUGAUAUUGGUCAACAGCUAGAGAUGGUUCGUAUUCAGGAGCGUGAGAAUAGGGAGGCCAAGAGGCCUCUUGGUUUGAGUUGUUUAAGUGGUGUUCCUUCUGGGCAGUCCUACCACAACAAGGGUCGUCCUUAUAGGCCCGCUCAGAUGGCUCAUCCAGUUCAUCAUGGUGCACCAUCUAGCCUUGGUUCAUAUAGUGUCCAUUCGAGUCAGUCAUCUCUCAAUGCUCUCCUAGCUCAGAGUUUAUCCAAUGCUCCAUCGGUUCUGCGUUCAUCUGUGUCAGUUCCUUCUAGCAGUUACUCUAGUACUCCAGGCCUGAUUCAGCCCCCACCACCACAAUCGAAAAGUUGCUUUGAGUACGGGGACCUUAGGCAUAUGUGGUGAUAGUGUCCCUGUCGCUCGAGAGGUCAAGUUCAUUAGAGGAGUCAGACUGCGACUUUCGCACUAGUUACUUCACCUCCCACCCAACCAGCUCAGGGUGGGCCCAGCCAGCUAGAGGUUGCCAUAGAGGGGGAAGCUAGUCAGGUGGUGGUCAAGCUCGAUUCUAUACUAUUCCUGCUAGGUCAGAUGUUGUUGCUUCAGAUGUAUUGAUCACAUGUAUUGUCUCAGUGUGC